AUGUCUAUAACGGAAGAAAAAUCACCUGUCUUAAAUCUCGAUAUUCCAAAUGUUGAAAUCAGUCGAGUUGCAAUUAAGCUUCCAAAUUUUUGGCGAAACAAGCCAAAACUGUGGUUUUUACAGCUUGAAGCACAGUUUGCAAACAGCGGUAUUUCUCAGGAUUCAACUAAAUACAAUAUUGUCGUCGCUGCAUUAGACAAAAUUGUGUUAGGCCUUGUGGUUGAUGUUUUGUCCGACCCUCCUACAGAUAAAAAAUAUGAAAAUUUAAAACCAGCUUUAUUAAACAGAUUAACUGAUACUGAGGAAUCGAGAUUAAAAAAACUCUUGACUGAUAUGGAACUUGGCGACAAACGGCCUUCCGAUCUCUUAAGGCAAAUGAAAAGCUUGGCCGGAAAUUCUAUUUCGGAUGAAGUUAUUAAAUCUUUGUGA